GACACAGUUUGGGCGCAGCGAUGACGUAUUGGAUAAGAAGUGACGUCAAUUGUUCGCGCCAUAGACGAACUGUGGUGGAAAGCUGAAAACAAUCGGCAAGAAAAAGCUCCUGAAAUGUGUUGAUUUAAAACGCAUGUCGGGAGGCACAGGAGUCCUGGGCUGGAGUUUCCUUUUUUAUAAUUCAUUAGAUCAGUGAAGUGAGACUCGAUGAAAAAUGGCGGUCAAGACUGGAGAGGACCGUCUGAAGGAGAUGGAGGCUGAGAUGGCGCUGUUUGAGCAGGAGGUGUUGGGUGCCCCUGUGUCAGUGCCAGCUGUGGCUCCUGUGGUGGAGGCCAUCCCCGUAGCUUUGGCUGUGCCAGCUGUGCCUGCCAUACCUGCUGUGCCACCACCUGUUCCAGUUGUGCGGCCCAUCAUCGCCACCAACACUUACCAGCAGGUCCAGCAGAGCCUGGAGGCACGGGCUGCCGCCAUCGUGGGUCCCCCACCUCCAGCAUUCGUGGGGCCAGCUGUACCCCCUACCAGGCCCCCCUCUGUGAUGAGACCUGCCUUCGUCCCCCACAUCCUGCAGAGAACAGGAGGUCAAAGGAUGCCCAUGAUGAGGGGCCCCCAUCCCCAGGCCAUGAUGGCUCCUCCGCUGCCCCGCCCCCCUCCUCCGCCACCCAUGAUGAUGGGACCCCCGAUGCCAGGCCCCCACCAGCACCCCAUGAGCCACUUGGGUGCAAUGGGACCUAUGGGCACGAUGCCUCCGGUUGGUGCGAUGGCACCGAUGGUCCCAGUGUCCAGGCAGGUGGUCCAGGCCCCCCCCAAGCUGACGCCCACCGUGAUCCAGGCCGCGCCCACUGUCUACACUGUACCCCCAGCCCCCAAGAGGGUGGACAGCCAUGCGCAAAAGCAGGCGCGCAUGGACGAGCUCACAGCCUCGAUUGCAGAGCAGCACGCAGCGACAGUGGGAGCCACACUGGAAGAGAAGGAGGCCACAGUGGAAGAAGCCGUUAUCGGUCCCAGCAUGCCGGAGCCUGAGCCCGCACACACCGAGCCAGUAGAUGGCAGCACAGAAGACAAAAAGAAGGGGAAGCAAGAAAAGGUGAAGCGCUGUAUCCGUACUGCUGCCGGGACGUCCUGGGAAGACCAGAGCCUGUUGGAGUGGGACCCAGAUGACUUCCGGAUAUUUUGUGGGGACCUGGGGAACGAAGUGAACGACGACAUCCUGGGCCGAGCCUUCAGCCGCUACCCCUCCUUCCUCAAGGCCAAGGUCGUGCGGGACAAGCGCACGGGCAAGACCAAGGGCUACGGUUUCGUCAGCUUCAAAGACCCCAACGACUACGUCCGUGCCAUGCGGGAGAUGAACGGGAAAUACGUGGGAAGCCGGCCCAUCAAGCUGCGCAAGAGCAUGUGGAAGGAUCGCAACCUGGAGAUCGUGAGGAAGAAACAGAAGGAGAAGAAGAAGCUGGGGCUGCGAUAGAGCAAGAUCGGCGUGUGUGUGUGUGUGUGAGAGAACAAGUGUCUCUUUAAGGGCUGCAUUUCUUGGCUUUCUCUCUAAGGAAAGCAGAUACAGUGUUGCUGGUUUGUAGCCUGUAUUUAUUUUAGAAAGGGAGCUAGAACUAGGAACGCCACAAUCCAGCUAGUUUUUGUUUGGUCAUCCCUUAAAUCCUUGGAACAAUUAUUUGAAAUUUGGUGUUUUUUGGUACCUCCUCAACCAGUGUGUGUCUUAUCCUGGUCUUGAAGGGCUGGUGUGUCUCUUUAACACUGCAGCAUGUGAAGAGCAGGGGAAAUCUGUGAUAUUAGUCCAGCUAAAUCCAUAAGCAGCUGAUUUAGCUUAUUAAGAGCUGAUUUGAGGUGAAAACGCACCAGCUCUUUGGGACCAGGAAUGGACAGCCCUGCCCUAUACUCAAGUUGAUGAAUUUAAUCAAAUUUGAAUAAAACAGGAUGUGUUUGGAGAGGAAGCAGGGCGUUGUGCUCUCAAUCAAGAUCGUUGGUAAUUCCCUUGAUAUUUUUUUAUGUAUCCUUCAUUCCAUGUGUACAUUUCAGAAUGCAGGAAUAACUUGUGAGAGCUCUUUAGUAAUAAUAAAGUCAUUUUGUUUCCAGUGG